AUGUCAAGCAAUACGCGUGUUGCUCAAAAUUGGUUACAUUUCUUUGUAUCUCGUCGGUGGACAGAAUUAUAUUCCCCAAAAACUCAAGAACAGCGAGCCAAUGCCGAGAAACUAUUGAAUAUUGCCUUUCCAACAUUCUCCGAGACCUUAACUACGCGCUCAAACGGGACAGUAGGUCUAACUAGUCCUUUGGGUGUAAAAAUACGAACUCCAGUAGAAUCAACCCUUUAUUGCCGGUUGUUAUUGGAUAACUCAGCUUCUCCAUAUGCUCAAAUGUUCGCUGCAUCAAGGUUAAAGAGUCUUGUCUUGGAUCAUUUUUCUACCUUCUCCAUGACAGAAAAAAUAGAACUGAGAAAUUAUGUGUUGACAUAUAUGGCGCAUCAUCCGGACUUUCAGCCAUUUGUCUUAUCUUCUCUUUCACAACUUUUUGCUACUAUCACGAAAGUUGGAUGGUUUGAAGGCGAAGAAUUUAAAAAUGUAACAAAUGAUUUGUCAAAUUUUAUUCAGUCCACAGCGCAUCAUGUAAUUGUAGGUCUACAAAUCCUUGCAAUUGUAGUCUCAGAGAUGAAUCAACCAUCAACGAGAAAUUUGGCGAGACAAAGAAAAACUGCCAUCGGAUUUAGAGACACAGCAUUAUUGGACAUUUUUAGAAUGGGUUUAUUAGUUUUACGUCAAUUAUUGAAUGGAGAAAUCAUGUUUAAUAGCGAACUUCAAGAACACAAGACAAAAGAAUAUUGUUUAAUUUCGUUAAAAAAUUGUCUGGCGUUUGAUUUCAUUGGUACAACUCCCGAUGAAUCUAGUGAAGAUGUAGGAAGCAUUCAAGUAACGUCAUCCUGGCGUUCGACAGUCGAAGAUCAAUCAUUUCUUCGAACCUUCUUUGAGGCAUAUAAACGAUUUCAACCACCUCAUUCAAGUCAAGUUAUGGAAGUACUUGUUCAAGUAGCUUCUAUACGUAGAUCCCUCUUCAAUGAUGAAGAACGUUCAAAAUUUUUACAUGGUUUAAUGCAAGGAAUUAGUGAAAUUUUAAUUGGAUCUAUAGGUUUAUCGGAUUUAAAUAAUUAUCAUGAGUUUUGCCGCCUUUUAUCUCGAUUCAGAUCUACAUAUCAAUGGGGUGAACUUGCUGAUAAACCAAGAUAUAAUGAAUGGAUUGAUUUGGUUGCUGAAUUCUCUAUUAAGGGAUUCGAUAAUUGGCAGUUGGUGCCACACAGUGUACAAUAUUUGCUUACCUUUUGGUCAAAAAUGCUUUCUUCAGGUAGAAAUACGCGUUCUAGCUCAUCGAAAAAACUUGAAUUAAUUGCUUCUAGGUUAACUCAAACUUUUAUUACUUCAAGAAUUGCAUCUGUAGAGUCAAUUAUUGAAGGUGCAAUUGAUGAUCCAUUGGAAAGUGAAGAAACUCUCAUUGAAGUUCUCGAAAUGUUUGCAACUAUUGCUCGAUGUAAUUAUGAAGAAUCCAGUCAAGCUAUCUCGAAUGCAUUUAAUCCAAUUGCACAACAAUAUCAGGUAUUACUGCAACAAGUAAACGCUGGAAUGAUUAACGAUUAUUUACCGAUCUUGGAUGUAAUCGAAACCAAAUUUGCUUGGUUAGCUUACAUGAGUACGGAAGAGCAAGAUAUAAUUGAUGGGGAAUUAACAUGCAAAGUAAUAAACUUAAUGAAUGUUAAUAAGUCAUGGAACGAUCCGUCUAGAAGUUACAUUGGUGAAAGUAAUCAAAGGUCUUCUAAAGUAUAUAGCAAAUUAUCUGAACAACUCGGAAUUAAUGAUCAAUCCAUGGUUGGUUUUAUAAAUUUAUAUUUAUUUGGUUUGAUUAGUGGGACAAAUCUUAAAUUAUGGGGUCAGAAUCAAAAUAUUAUUCAACGAACAGUUACUUUAUUUAAUGAUUUGGCUGGAGGAUAUAAUUCCGGUAGAUUACUUCGGAAAAUACCAACCACCCAAUUUAUUAUUCAAAAUCAUACAUCUAAAGAUUUUCCUUUCCUUGAUGUACCCAAUAAUUUACGAACUCGUAUGAUAUAUUAUUCAGCAUUAUCUAGAAUAUUAUUAUCGGAUGAUAAUGUUGAAAGAGAUUUUGAGGAAUUUAUUAAACCUUGGGAUAUGACUUUGACCGAACUUAAUUCUUUAAAUUCUUUACAAGCUUUUCGACAACCUGCUGUUAAAGCAUCUUUAUUAGGAAUAUUCAGAGAUUUAAGAGGAUUUCUUUCUGCCAUUAACAAUCGAAAAGCUUUUUUAAUGUUUUUUGAAUGGUUUUAUCCUAAUUAUAUGCCAACCCUUUGUCACGCUUUAGAAGCCUGGUUAGAUGACCCAUUAGCUAUUGCUAUUCUCAAAUUCUUUAUGGAAUUCGUUUAUAAUCGUGGACAAAGAUUAAGUUUUGAUAUCUCUUCUCCUAACGGUAUAUUAUUAUUCCGUGAAACGAGUAAGGUGAUCUCAACUUAUGGUCAACAAGUUAAUCCACACCUUUUGAUCAGAAAUGAUAUAUAUGCUGAAAAAUCUUUUUCUGGUCGCUACGUUAAUUUUGGAGUUUUUCAAUUAUAUGGAGAUAAGGCUCUUGAAAUAGCUUUAAAUGUAUCAUUCGAAAUGAUGCUUACUCCAUGUUCAUCAGCAUGUACUGCUUUAGAUCAUAUAUUUUCCUUUGUUAUCCAACAAUCCGCCAAACAAAAAUCUAAACGACAUUGGAUUCUCACAUACUUAAAUGAAUUUCCUCGAGUGUUGCCUUAUUUAUUUACCGCAAAUUUUAAUGUAGUUUUAUUCGAAGAUAGACAAAAUAAUUGGUCAUUAUCUCGUCCUUUAUUAUGUCUAAUCUUAUUGAAUCAAGAAGCUCUUAAAACUCUUAUGGAUGAUGUAGAUUUUAAUUUAAGUGCUAAAACUCGUGAUCGUUUUACGCAGAAUCUUAAUACUUUCAGGCGAGAAUUAACUAAUGAAAAUAUCAUAUUGAUCCCUCCUCCAAUGGAUUAUUCUCAAUUAAUUAUGUGA